GAGUGUGUUUUUAAACAUUUUAUAUUAACUUAUGUAAAAUGACUUUCAUACCGUUAGCUGCGUUUUUUAUUAUCUUUGGAAUGUAUAGCUCUCAAGUCUUGGAGGCUAAAGAACCUGUAUGUUCUAAAUUUGCAUAUGAAGAACAGCUUUUAGAGAAAAUGAUAAGGACUGAAAUUAAGGUAGAAACAAUGGUGAAUGAAAUUAAGAAAACUGAGGAUAAUGUCAUCAGUACAUUAGGCGACAUUAAACAAACAGUUUCAGAUUUUACGGACAUGUUUGCAGACAUGAAGGGGAACAUAACGGACGAAAUGUUAAAGAGAAGUGACGAGAUAGAAAGGAGAGAAGGAUCCUUCAAGAAAUUAUUUGAGCAGACAAGAACAAACCUCACGAGUGACAUGGAAGCUAAAAGAGAAGAACUUACUCAACUACAAGGAAAACUUGAACGACCUUCGAUCGCUUUCCAUGCACAUCACGUGGCUGAUUUGGUUCUUGAUACUACAGAUGAGAUUGUUAUAUUUACGACAAGUGUGAUUAAGAGGGAACAGGUAACGACACUUCUACUGGAAUAUUAACAGCACCUGUUGGAGGACUGUACCAGUUUUCUGUGCAUACAUGUGCUAAUGUUUUAAAAUAUGCUUUUAUUGGUCUAGUGUUGGAAGGUAAAGUUAUUGCAGCAGAUUCAAACUAUGAUAAGGAUUAUACCACCUGUAGUACUGUUGGAGCAAUAGUGAGAGUAAGAUCAGGUGAAAAAGUUUGGGUCAAACCAACAUCGUGUUGUUCUAACCGCCAGCUGUAUCAAGACUCAGUUAGCAUGAACACAUUUAGUGGAGUACUUGUCAAUAACUGAAUGAAUAAAUCAUUCAACUUGUGUAUGCUACAUUAUAUAUCUGAAAUAUUUAUAAAUAUACAUGCAAUAAUAAUAUAUGACGAAUAUUUUGAU